GCACUGGAGACGUUGACUCAAGAUCUCUCCAAUUCACUGUGAAAUCGCUUCUGGAUGUUAUGACGACGCGGAUCCCUUCAAUAUAGACCUCCUUGAGGUAUUCGGUGCUAUCGCAGAACCGAGUUGGCUUGCUACUAGUUCUAUUCGUCACCACUGACAGUCACUGGAAUUGAUCGCUCCUCUAAUCGUAAAUAUGGGCGACAAACCAACCGAGAAACGACGCAAGGAGUCUAUCAUCGAACUCAGCAAAUAUCUGGACAAACGUAUUCGAGUCAAAUUCUCCGGAGGUCGAGAAGCAACCGGCAUACUCAAAGGAUGUGACAAUCUCCAAAACAUGGUCCUUGAUUGCACCACUGAGCAGAUACGCGAUCCAGACGAUCCGAAUCGUCUCACAGAGGAUACUCGAGAGCUUGGUCUCGUGGUUUGCAGAGGACCGUCAGUUGAGCUCAUUUGUCCUGCAGACGGUAUGGAAGCGAUCCCAAACCCUUUCGUACAGCAGGAAUAGAUUUAUCGAACAAUGCACUCCUAUUAUCUUGCUCAGUGAAUAAACCGGUCACCUCUCUAAUAAU